AUGGAGUCCAGAUGCAAAAAAGGAUAUUUUCGACUAGCAGUGAUCGGUUUAUCCAAAGCUAAAGAUUGUUGGGAGAAGAAUGCUUGUGCUGUUACAUUCAUCGGAGAUGGUGGCACAAGCGAGGGAGAUUUCCACGCCGGAUUGAAUUUUGCGGCGGUAAUGGAAGCUCCGGUUGUGUUUAUAUGUCGGAACAACGGUUGGGCGAUUAGUACUCAUAUCUCAGAACAGUUUAGAAGUGAUGGAAUUGUUGUGAAAGGUCAAGCUUACGGAAUCCGAAGCAUUCGUGUGGACGGUAAUGAUGCACUCGCGGUUUAUAGUGCGGUAUGUUCAGCUCGAGAAAUGGCUGUAACAGAACAAAGACCUGUUCUCAUUGAGAUGAUGAUAUAUAGAGUAGGACAUCAUUCUACAUCAGAUGAUUCAACUAAGUACAGGGCGGCGGAUGAAAUUCAGUACUGGAAAAUGUCGAGAAACUCUGUGAAUAGAUUCAGGAAAUCGGUGGAAGAUAACGGAUGGUGGAGUGAGGAAGAUGAAUCAAAGCUAAGAUCAAACGCGAGAAAACAGCUUCUGCAAGCGAUUCAGGCUGCGGAGAAGUGGGAGAAACAACCAUUGACAGAGUUGUUUAACGAUGUAUAUGAUGUUAAACCGAAGAAUCUAGAAGAGGAAGAACUUGGUUUAAAGGAAUUAAUAGAGAAACAACCUCAAGAUUAUAUGAUGUUAAAGGAACUCAUACCAAAUUGGAUAUUGGGAAUUGGGACGCUAGCUUUAAGGUAUGACUUUCAGGAAACUCUAUUCAAUGGGUGGCAUGCGAUAGCAGAACUACAACAGUUAAAGCUAAAGAUCAAACUUAACUCACUAUUAAACGAUCAGGCGGACACUGAAUCUUUAAAAGCAGCUAGGAAUUCAGCCCUCAAUGUAAUACAGGCUAUGAUCAUCCAUUUGGUCCUUACUCUCAAAGGAAGAUUCUCUCUUCCUUUGACUGAGGAGACAGUUCGAUUCAACGAGCCGAUUCAACUAAACCAGAAUAUGGUUAAGGAUGGUGGUUACACGGCGGAGCUGUUUCCGAUUAGGAAGGAAGAGCAAGGGGAAGUUAGAAGAUGA